GAGCGAUGAUAUGGCUGAAUGGUCUUUGAAAUUUGAAUGGCAAUUUUGUAAAAGAAAUAUACGAUUUUGAUACUGCCCGAGAGAGUGGGGAGGUAAGUAGCAAGAACCAAAUUUGCAACUGUUAAUCUGCCACGUCACUACAGUUCCACGUCACUACGAUUCCUUUCAUACAGUGUCCAUUUCCCAAAAUACCCUCCAAAAAUCAAAACCAAGAAACCCAAUAUAAUGGAUCUGACCAAUACCAAUAGCUAGUUUCAUUUCGUUUCCACUGAACAAACACAGAGCCGAAUUUGCAGCGAUUUUCUCACAUCAAUCAAUCAAAAAUGGCGGAACACUCAUUCAAGUACAUCAUCGUUGGAGGAGGAGUCUCAGCUGGUUAUGCAGCAAAGGAGUUUGUGAACCAAGGAGUUAAGCCUGGGGAGCUUGCAAUCAUUUCCAAAGAAGCAGUUGCACCUUAUGAACGUCCUGCUCUUAGCAAGGCUUACCUUUUUCCAGAGUCUCCUGCCAGACUUCCUGGAUUCCAUACCUGUGUUGGGAGUGGAGGAGAAAGAUUACUUCCUGAGUGGUACAAUGAGAAAGGAGUACAGUUGCAUCUCAGUACAGAAAUUGUAAAAGCAGACCUUGCUGCAAAAUCCCUGACAAGUGCUAAAGGAGAAACAUUCACUUACCAGACUUUGGUUAUUGCAACUGGCUCAACUGUUAUAAGGUUGACGGAUUUCGGUGUAGAAGGAGCUGAUGCCAAAAACAUAUUUUAUUUAAGGGAGGUUGAUGAUGCUGACAAACUGUAUGAGGCAAUCAAAGCAAAGAAGAAUGGGAAAGCUGUGGUUGUUGGGGGAGGGUACAUUGGUCUGGAGUUGAGUGCAGUUUUGAGACUCAACAAUAUUGAUGUUACCAUGGUCUACCCAGAACCUUGGUGUAUGCCAAGACUUUUUACUGCUGAAAUAGCUGCAUUCUAUGAAGGAUAUUAUGCAAAUAAGGGGGUCAAUAUCAUUAAAGGAACUGUUGCUACUGGAUUCACUAGUAACUCCGAUGGAGAGGUAAAAGAAGUCAAACUAAAGGAUGGUAGGGUACUGGAAGCAGAUAUUGUUGUUGUUGGUGUUGGAGGAAGGCCUCAAAUAUCCUUAUUCAAAGGGCAGGUUGAAGAGGAGAAGGGUGGAAUCAAGACUGAUUCCUUCUUCAAAACAAAUGUUUCCGAUGUAUAUGCUGUUGGUGAUGUUGCCACAUUCCCUUUGAAAUUGUACAACGAGGAUAGAAGAGUUGAACAUGUUGACCAUGCUCGCAAAUCAGCUGAGCAGGCUGCAAAGGCCAUCAUUGCAGCAGAGGCAGGAAAAACAGUUGAAGAGUAUGAUUACCUUCCAUACUUCUAUUCCCGUUCAUUUGACCUGUCUUGGCAAUUCUAUGGCGACAAUGUUGGUGAAACAGUGCUAUUUGGAGACAACAAUCCUGCAUCACCAAAGCCUAAUUUUGGGACAUACUGGAUUAAAGACGGGAAAGUUAUUGGGGCCUUUUUGGAAGGCGGAAGUCCCGAUGACAACAAAGCUAUUGCCAAAGUUGCUAGAGUCAAACCUGCGGUAGAGGAUGUGAAUCAACUUGCAAAGGAAGGCAUUUCUUUUGCCAGUAAAAUUUAAUGAUGUUUCUUCAGAUGGACAAAUUGCUUGGUGAUUGCAUAGAAUAUAAUGGUAUUGGCUUCAUUUUACUCUAGGUUAUAUCUUAGGGCAUUUGUAUUGCGUUUCUUUGUUUUAUAUAUGAUAUGAUUGUGUGGGAUAUGCGUUAUGGUGUUUUCUACUCCAUAACUCUUGUAAUUUUUGUUUGUUCUGUUUACACAGACUUGAUAGAGCAUCUCUCUAUUUCCACUGCAAGUCAAAUACCAAAAAAUAAACCCCUUGCAAUUAAGAUAUUAAUGGAAUUUAGUUUGCUUAUUGUUUUUUAA